GGUAAAGGUCUGCGUGGAGGUGAAGACUCUCAUACUUUUUUUUCUCUACCAAAGGAGGAUGGGAUACUCCGUAUGGACCGCCACCUUUUCGAUUUGGCCCCUACUUUGGCUCCGUUUUAGAUGCAGGACAUUCAUAGUCUAAGACUCGAGGGCCGAAUGGCAAGAUUCCCACUCGGAUAUUCUGUCCAUUUCAGAUAUAAGCUGCUAAGAGCCCUAAAACGAAGACGAGAUAACGACGAUAAAAGAGCAUUUUCUACUUGUAAUAGCCUGAUUGCGCCUCGUCCAAGUUGAAUAAACCCUGUCUGAUACGAAAAUGGUAUCCAUGGUUUCCAAUUCCGCCUUGCCUGCAUCGCUUUCUCCUCCCCGAGAAAUCAAAUACCUUGACACAAUCGAGGCAUAUGACCAAUGGGCAGAGGUUUACGACACAGAUGGAAACUUUCUCCAGCGUCUUGACACGUUGGAACUGCAAACUCUACUCCAUUUCUUCCUUUCCCAAGUUAAUAGCGCUGAAUCUCCACCGAAAAUCAUCGACUUAGGUUGCGGGACAGGGAGAAAUACUCUCUCACUCAUCCGUGCUGGUGCGGAGAAUCUGAGAAUUAUAGGACUUGAACCGUCAAAUAAGAUGCUGGACGUUGCUCGUAAGAAGACCGCCGAAUAUUUCGCAGAGGCACUUCGUUUCGAUCCUAACGAGGCGAAGGAUAGAGUUUCGUUUGAGACAUAUAAUCUCUUGAAGGAACCCAUUCCGCCACUGUCGGCGUUUGGGGCCAAUGGUGUCAUCUCGACUUUGGUGUUGGAACAUGUCACCCUCAAAGAAUUCUUCAAGGCCGUUGCUACCAUGCUGAGGCCGGGAGGAGUUUUAUUGUUGACGAAUAUGCAUUCUGAGAUGGGACGGAUAAGUCAGGCCGGGUUUGUGCAUCCAGAAACUGGGGUUAAAAUCAGGCCAACAAGUUAUUCGCAUACGGUAGCAGAAACCCUCGAAGAGGCGAAUAUAGCUGGAUUUGAAUUGGUUGGAGAAUUGAAGGAAAGCAGCAUAGACGAAGAGUUGGCGGAGAAGCUGGGACCACGCGCGAAAAAAUGGAUUGGAGUGCGGGUCUGGUAUGGUGGCUGCUUUAGGAAGAAAUGA